AUGGACUUUCCCUUCGAUUUUGAUGACGACCUCAUCCCCCCACCGUCUCCAAAAUUGGUCAAGGAACCAUGCUACUACGUAUUUUCCCACAAACUGCUUUACGACCAAAUCAUCCUUGCACAAGCCGAUAAACGAAAGCCGCUCUCCCUCGUCGACCUUCCUGAGGAUGUACUCAUCGACAUCUUCAUCCGCGCCGCUGAAACGCUGCCGCGGACCGCGCGGUCACUGGCCCUUACUUGCAAGUACAUGGCGAAUGUCACGCGCAGAACCCGGCUCGAGAGCUGUCUUAUCAGGACUUGGAGUGAGCUGCUGUCGUUCGAGAGGCUCGUUAGCGAAGAGCCGGAUGAACGGAAUGUCGCAAGCAUGGUCAAGAAUAUCUGGCUGGUGACCAACGCUGGCCAGUCAUCCGAGAACGACGCUGUACCACGCAUUAUCCGAGCCUGUCCCAAUCUCGUCAGCAUCACCGCCAGAUUUAUGACAAUUCUUCGCGCUGCAGCGACUCUGGGGGAGGACUUUUCGCGCAGAGAGGGCAUCAGGCUGACAAUGACUGACAAUCAUUCGCCGCCCAGUCACAACGCACCCAACGGUUUCUGGACAAGCUUAGUCGAGGCGGACAGCACAAUGACCCUCUUACACAACAUCACCCACCUCUACCUGUCGCAGUACCUCCACUCCUUUGGCAGGGACCUGGCCAAAACCGUCCCAAAUCUCCCUCGACUUACACAUGUUGCUCUGACCGCACGGUCCCGCGACUAUCAAGCAGAGGUCCGCAACUUCGUAGAGUUGGUCUUACCGCUCAAACCACAGUUGGUUGCCGCUGUCCUCGUUAUUGUAAACCCGGAUCCUGCCUGUCUACCGCCCCUCGUAGAACUGCUGCAAGCUGGGGCUACACAUGGACUCGAUCGGCCAGGCCAAAUGCAGGUAUUUCUGCGCAAGGACGAGUAUAAUGUUAAAGAGGCCAAGUUCUGGCGUAAAUGCGUGUCAGAGGGAUCUGAUGUUUGGUCCCUCGCCCACAUGCAGUGUCAAAAUACCCCAGCGUAA